AUUAGAGCAGUGAAAAGCAGAAGUUUACAAAAUGACUGCUGUUGGCGGGUCGAGUGUUGUGCUACAAGUCCAAGCUACAUUUUCGAAAAGUUUGCCGCACAGAUGUCGAGAUCUUGAAGAUAUCAUAAGGACUACCAGUAUCAAGGAACUUCGUCAUGCUUUGCCAUAUAUCAUUGAAAAUAUGUUUGGCUUUGGCAAUGAGAAUGGAUGGGGCAUAGACAAGAUUGACAAACACAACCAUCCUCAGGAGUUUGAAUGCCUUCGACGAUUUCUGGCACCAGAGAGUCAACUUCUGAACCUCAUCUACCGGUUACAAGGGGAAAUAUACCUGUCCUAUGAAUUCCCCUUCAAAUACUUACCAGCUCCGACUCGGCAGAUGAUGGAGGAAGGGAUGAUGCCAGCAUUUUUUGUCAACAAGUUACAGGCACAAGGACACACUGGCCAGACUUUCCUCUCCCUCGGUGCAUUCGAGUACUUUGUGUUCCAUCUUGCAUACUGCCUGGUCAACCCCUCGCACUCGUGCCCUUCCUGGGCCAACCUCUAUGACUACCUGUAUCCCAACAUCAUCGACAGCUACAUCAGCUACUACUUGCCUCUGGACAACAAGAUGAUUCCGCCAAUGCCUAAUGUCCCCUCUCCGGUACGAAGCCCGGUGUCUCAUUACACAGUGCCCAGUUCCUACACAGGCCAUUCAGUGAGCCCAAGCACCACGCCUCCGAGACAUCGCACACGGCCAAGCCUAUUCAAGUCCGGUUUCACUGCUGUACAGAAACCACACGUGCAGGGAUCACCUGUACUGGACCAGACCGAGGCUGAGACCUGGCGGUCAGAAACACUGCUUCAGGUGUUGGCUGAGUUUUGGUUGAAUCAGAAUCCAGUUGACAACGAAAAGGCUUCCUUUCCUCAUGCAUCCUUUCCCAUGAGGUACUGCAGAUACUCUCCAAAAUACCAGCCAGAUCCUUUUGCCUACUUGUUUGAUAGCUACAUGCCUGGUCUCAAUCAGGUGAAGAUGGUUCGCCUCCUUGUCAAGUACCUGCAUUUCUUCACAAACAGUGCGCCCAAUGUGAUAACCUCCCCUUACCAGACAACCAUCCACCAACCGAUGGAGGAGUUCAAGAGGACUGCUGUGCCACAAAUCAUACAAAAGAAGAUGUACAACUUCCUUGGCCAUGCCUUUGAGAGGUGGCCGCUGGACUCAUCUUUCAGAAUGGUUCUGGAAACCUGGCUCAGCUAUAUCCAGCCAUGGCGAUAUACAGAUCCCAACCAGUACUACCAGAGUAAAGACUCCCACCGUCCUGACCCCACAGAUUUGAGAGACAAAAAGGUGGAUGAGAGAUGGUUUCAGUUUAUCGAGGACAACUUGCUGUUCUACACUGUAAUGUUCCAGCACUUUCUGCCGCGGGUGUUCCGCCUGGACCUGUCCUCCCCACAGUGUGCCUACAUGCUCUACCGGGUUACCAAGGUUCUGUGUCUGCCCAGUCUUGCAGAGAUGAUCUUCAGAGCUGAGAGUUGGUCAUAUCGUGCGACGCGCAUGCCAAUGUCAGAUCUGGGAGCCAGCUACCUGUCCUCUGAUCACCUGCCCCCUCACUUGCUGCCCUCGUUACCCCCACACCUGGCCGACCUUGAGGCUCCAGGCUUCCAGUAUGUGCCACUGUUUGGGGAGAGGAUGCGUGUCCAGAUUUGUGAACUGAUAAAUCAGCUGAUCCAAGCGAGGGAGGCCAUUGCCAGUGCCCAACAAGCCACACCCAAGCCCAAGAGGCGUAGCUUUGCAGCCUGGCUCAUCUCCUUCUUGUUUGAUUCCAAGCACUAUAGUGAAAUCAAUGACAGCAAGAAGCUAUUACUGCAUCUCAACCAGUCACUCAAGAAUUUGUCAGAAAUAUUCAAGAUCACACUGCCUGAUGAGCUCCAGGACAUGACGCUGCCUGCUGAUGCAAGUCUACAGAACAGUCUGUUCAGGAUUGGUCAACACCACCCACACCUGACUGUAUUGAGACCAACCCACAGCCCGGUUCUCGACCCGGUUCUCACAGAACAUGGCAGAUAUCAGGUUGUGAACGGACUACGGAAGUUUGACAUCACAUACCAGGGUGACCCGGACCUGCAGCCCAUCAGGAGUUUUGAGAACGCAACUCUUGUCCGCAUCCUGCACCAGCUCUGUUCCUUCAUCAACUGCCAGUUUUGUGGACAGAUCAACAGCCUGUACUGUCGGCAGGACCUCGUCGGCCGCAUGGCUCAGGUCUACCUGGCCCCGCCACUCCGCCCCCAUCACAUGCUCAAGUCUCCAACCUCCAAGACAACUGCCGAAGCUCUCCGCCAACCAAGACUGAGUCUGCGGUUCCUGGCCAGUUACCAAACUCUCAUCUACCUUGGAAUUCUCUACAUCUUCCUGCGAAUGUGGCUUGGAGCUGGCCCGAUGGAGUUUCUUAUCAUCAAUGUGUUUGUGUGUCUGUUGUAUGCCUUCCUCAAGGCUGUGAUGUCGUCCAGGUCUGUGGUGCCACCUUGAUUCAGCAGCUGGACAACAUCGGUGUGUUUGUGUGUCUGUUGUAUACCUUCCUCAAGGCAGUGAUGUCAUCCAGGUCUGUGGUGCCACCUUGAUCCAGCAGCGGGACAACAUCGGUGUGUUUGUGUGUCUGUUGUAUACCUUCCUCAAGGCAGUGAUGUCGUCCAGGUCUGUGGUGCCACUUUGAUCCAGCAGCUGGACAACAUCGGUGUGUUUGUGUGUCUGUUGUAUGCCUUCCUCAAGGCUGUGAUGUCGUCCAGGUCUGUGGUGCCACCUUGAUCCAGCAGCUGGACAACAUCAGUGUGUGUCUGUUGUAUGCCUUCCUCAAGGCAGUGAUGUCGUCCAGGUCUGUGGUGCCACCUUGAUCCAGCAGCUGGACAACAUCGGUGUGGUGUGUCUGUUGUAUGCCUUCCUCAAGGCAGUGAUGUCAUCCAGGUCUGUGGUGCCACCUUGAUCCAGCAGCUGGACAACAUCAGUGUUUGUGUGUCUGUUGUAUGCCUUCCUCAAGGCAGUGAUGUCGCCCAUGUCUGUGGUGCCACCUUGAUCCAGCAGCUGGACAACAUCGGUGUGUUUGUGUGUGUCUGUUGUAUGCCUUCCUCAAGUCAGUGAUGUCAUCCAGGUCUGUGGUGCCACCUUGAUCCAGCAGCUGGACAACAUCGGUGUGUUUGUGUGUCUGUUGUAUGCCUUCCUCAAGGCAGUGAUGUCAUCCAGGUCUGUGGUGCCACCUUGAUCCAGCAGCUGGACAACAUCGGUGUGUUUGUGUGUCUGUUGUAUGCCUUCCUCAAGGCAGUGAUGUGGUCCAGGUCUGUGGUGCCACCUUGAUCCAGCAGCUGGACAACAUCGGUGUGUUUGUGUGUCUGUUGUAUGCCUUCCUCAAGGCAGUGAUGUCGUCCAGGUCUGUGGUGCCACCUUGAUCCAGCAGCUGGACAACAUCGGUGUGUUUGUGUGUCUGUUGUAUGCCUUCCUCAAGGCAGUGAUGUCGUCCAGGUCUGUGGUGUCACCUUGAUCCAGCAGCUGGAUUUCUGUUGAGUGCCUUCCCUGUGAUCAGUUCUGUCUGAAUGACCUGACACAAGAUUUACAAUUUUAGUGCAAAUAUUGAUAUAUCAAACAUGGUGCAUAUUUCUCAAGAGAAUUUCCGUUACAUUUAAAUAAUGUUUAUGUUAUCAGCCAGCCAAGACAAUAUACUCCCAACUGUGUUUUGAACAAGUCAUAGUAAAAUUCCAUCUUGUGUGUUUUGCUUGUCUCAUGUUUUAUCUUCAGCUGUUCCUCAGAAUGUACUAAAUAUUUGUACCAAGCCACAGAGGUGAGAGCCUUUUAGACUUUGUCUUCAGCUUUUGUACAUAUGGAAAUAAAUAUAUAUUAGCAUUAA